AUGGCGAACCCGCUGCUGCCCACCGACGAGCGCCUGGUCCUCUCCACCGGCGCUCGCGACUCCGCCAUCGCUGACGCGCCGAGCUCACUCGCUCUGCUUGGCAACCGCGUCGACAAACUCCUCUGCAAGCCGCAUCUGCUGUCUUACAAGAAGGAGCUUGUCGUCACUGGAGGUUGGCAUUUCUCGACGGACACGAUGGAGGCGCUGCAGUCCAUGUACAGCCAGAUGGACCUUGAGGACGCCGUCGACACUGAGGCGGACGAGCCGAUGCGCUCGGGCGAUCUCACUCGCGCCCGCUCACAAAGCAGCGCCGCUCAGAAGGCAACCCCGGAGAAGCAUGACAUUGAGUGGUCCCUGGCCAUCAACCUUAUCAAGUCGAUCCUUGCUAAGAUUGAGGGUCUGAACUCCCUUGAGUGGGAAACCGAUCUUCCCUUCUUCAAGGACAUCUGGGCCGUCAUCCCGGAAAACAUCGAGAACUUGAGCAUCAACGUCUUCGUCCCGGAUCCUCAAGACCGCCACGAGUAUGCUCCGCAUCCGGAGUACUUCACCAAGGACGACCUCACCUACUUGAAGAACUUCAAGAACCUGAAGCGUCUCCGUGUCUACAACAUGCCGGAGUCCUUCCAGUCUGUCAUCUGGGAGACGGUUUGGAAGAACGCCAACCUCGACACCCUGGAGCUUGGCAUGCGCUACAACCCGAUCACCCGCGACCCUGACAAUGGCAACAACCCGAUGCCGGCUAUCGAUCACUCUUGGAAGUACAACCCCGAGCGCGAAAUGGCUCAGAAGUACCGCGGCUACGAGGGAUCCGGCAACCUUCACCACACGCAUGGCUAUGGUGAGUACCUUGAUGGAGUCGCCAUCAGCAAGGCUCGCAACGUGGCCAUGGAAUCGAUGGGCCUCUCAAUGGACGACCUCAAGGCGAUGCCCUUGACCACUCUUCGACUCGAUGGCUUUGUGGUUGACGAUACGUCUUUCGCCAAGUACUUCGACGGACUGCAGAAGAUCGUCUUCACACACAAGUGUGUUGACGCUGGCUUGGUCUUGCCCAAGUCUCUCCAGGGAAAGACAGUCAUCUACAAGCGUGAGAGUAGUGUGAGUGAGCUGGUGGUGGGAAGUGAGAUCGAGGUCGAGGCUGAGGUGAUGGGCAAGGCUUCUGCCUAA